AUGUCCGAGUCAAAACUCGACCAGCUUGUCAAAGGCGCCCCGCCGCCGACUGUCACCGCCCCACAGGUCGCUGCCGCCGCCCGCGACGUCCGUCCCGUCGACCCCACGAGUCUGCUGCCCUCAUCGCCGCCGCAAAUCUACCUCAACCUGCUGAUCCUGGAGGCCUCGCUGCGCUCCCAGUACCUGACAUUGCGCGCUCGCCGCCGCCAAAACACCUUCGUGCUGACCCUGCUCGCUCUAUGGACCGCCUACUUUGGCUAUGCCCUGUUCCUGCGCCCGCGCGAAGAUGGGACUGGUGUUGGAGGCAGCGUGUACUGGGUCGUCGACACGGGUGAGAAGUUGGCCUUCACCUCAGGCAUUGUGACCGCCGUGCUUUUCUGGGCCACUGGCCAAUGGGAGCGCGGUGUGCGCUGGCCGCGUCGCUGGAUUGCCGUCGCCAACCGCGGCCUGCGUAGCAUGAACUGCAAAAUCGUGCUUAUCAAGGGCCCCUGGUGGCGCGAGAUGCUCAGUCACCUCAGCUUCCUGAUCCCCUACCAGUUGUUUUUCCCUACUCCUGGCAGCAGCUAUCACUACGUAGAGCCCGACAAGAAGGACCCACGCGUUCGCCUUGCCCCCAACGACCGCGGCUUGCUUGAGGAGGAUGUGGCCCCCGGUGGAGACUAUGUGAAGCUGCUGCUGCUUCCCAAGCCUUUCUCCGCCGACUUCCGACAAAACUGGGAGAUAUAUCGCACCGAGUACUGGGAGAAGGAAAAUGAACGCCGCACAGAGCUGCGCCGCCGCAUCAAGGAGCGCGAGCGUGAGCUGGCCAAGCUGGAAGGUGGCUGGCUUUGGUGGACUGGCUGGCGUGGCUGGAACCAUGCGAGAGGCUUAUCCAGAAGUGGAGAUGUCGAGAAACCUCACCACCACCAUCACCACCACCAUACUCAUUCCCAUUCCUCGGCGUAUCUCGAAGUCCCCAAAGACAAGAAGAGACGCCCAAGCGUCGUCAAGGAUCGCAUGAGAGAACGCUCGCAUUCCCGCUCGUCGUCUCGAAGCACGACUCCCACGCUUGACGCCGAUGAGAAGUUUGGUAGGGAGAGACGUUGGAGCAACAGCACAACCGGCAGCACCACCAACACUGAACGCCGGAAGAAGAAGUCCCCAAGUGGACUCUCAAAGCCCUCUCGCUUGACUCCAACAAACUCUACGUCCAGGCCAAAAACCCCUACUCUCGAUGCGGACGCUAUGCCGGCCUUCUCCAAGCGUGCCAGUGUCAUGAGCACGGUCAGCACCGACAGCGACCGUUCUGCCACUCUCACGCCAGAUGAAAGGAGCGGAUCGGCCACUCCCUCUCUGUGA